AGUCAGAAGUCGUCUCCGAGAAGCGCAGUCGGUGUGUGUGUGUGCUUGUGUUUCCACUUCUCCGCAUUGGGUUCGAGCAGCAGAAUGGGCCGGGGGCUUUGCGUGCGCGGUGCUCGCUCGUUUGCCCUGUGAUGCGGAGAGGAGGACGCGCCGGGGAAGCGGUUUUGUUGCUGCUGCGGGGAUCUGUGUCUCUGGAGCGGGCUAGCUCACUGCGCUAGCUCAGGCAGGAUGAUCCGCUGGAUCCGACAGCAGCUGGGCUUCGACCCUCCCCAUCAGAGUGACACACGCACAGUUUACAUAGCAAACAAGUUCCCACAGCAUGGCCAUUAUAUUCCUCAGAGGUUUGCAGACAACAGGAUCAUUUCCUCCAAGUACACCAUAUGGAAUUUCAUCCCCAAGAAUUUGUUUGAGCAGUUCAGAAGAAUCGCCAAUUUUUAUUUUCUCAUCAUCUUCUUGGUUCAGUUAAUGAUAGACACACCCACUUCCCCUAUAACUAGUGGACUUCCCCUGUUCUUUGUCAUCACAGUAACUGCCAUCAAACAGGGAUAUGAAGACUGGCUGAGGCACAAAGCUGACAAUGAAGUGAACGGAGCACCUGUAUUUGUUGUGCGCAGUGGCAGUCUGGUCCAAACCCGAUCUAAAAACAUCCGAGUAGGUGAUAUUGUGAGAGUAGCCAAAGAUGAGACGUUUCCUGCAGAUCUGGUGCUUUUGUCAUCAGAUCGGGCCGAGGGGACGUGCCACAUCACCACUGCCAGCCUGGACGGAGAGACUAACCUGAAGACACACUAUGCGGUGCCAGAAACGGCGGUGGCGCAGUCGGUGUCGCGGCUGGAGUCUCUGCAGGCAGUGGUGGAGUGCCAGCAGCCAGAGGCAGACUUAUACAGGUUUGUCGGGAGAAUAACAGUAACCCAACAAGGAGAGGAGAUAGUCAGACCCUUAGGACCAGAGAACCUCCUGCUUCGAGGAGCAAGAUUAAAAAACACCAAAGAAAUCUUUGGUGUGGCCGUGUACACAGGGAUGGAGUCCAAGAUGGCUCUGAACUACAAGUGCAAAUCCCAGAAGCGCUCUGCAGUGGAGAAAUCCAUGAAUACAUUUCUCAUCAUCUACUUGGGCAUUCUGCUGUUUGAAGCCAUCCUCAGCACUAUUUUGAAGUACGCCUGGCAGGCAGAGAACAAGUGGGACGAGCCGUUUUACAACCAGAAGACCGAUAAGGAGAGAAACAGCAGCCAGAUUUUGAAGUUUAUUUCCGACUUCCUGGCUUUCCUGGUGUUGUACAACUUCAUAAUCCCCAUCUCGCUGUAUGUGACUGUUGAGCUGCAGAAGUUUCUGGGCUCUUUUUUCAUUGGCUGGGACUUGGAUCUGUACCAUGAAGAGAGCGACCAGAAGGCCCAAGUCAACACAUCAGACCUCAAUGAGGAGCUGGGCCAGGUGGAGUACGUUUUCACAGACAAAACGGGAACCCUCACUGAGAACGAGAUGCAGUUUAGGGAGUGUUCUAUCAACGGGAUCAAAUACCAGGAGAUCAACGGGAAGCUCGUCCCUGAAGGAAUGACAGAAGACUCUCCAGACGGAUCGGUGCCUUGUUUGAACGGGGAGGAGGAGUUGUUCCUGAAAGCCGUCUCACUGUGUCACACGGUGCAGAUCAGUUAUGAUCAAACAGAUGGGCCGGGAGACCCGUUCUCACAUGCCAACAGCUUCUCGCCUCAGAUGGAGUAUUACGCCUCUUCUCCUGAUGAGAAAGCACUCGUGGAAGCCACCAAGAGGAUGGGUGUCACAUUUAUAGGAAGCCAUGGAGAAAUCAUGGAGAUUAAAACAUUAGGAAAAGCAGAGAAGUACAAACUCCUCCACGUUCUGGAGUUCGACGCGAACCGCAGGAGAAUGAGUGUGAUUCUGCAGAAGCCCUCAGGUGAAAAGGUGCUAUUCACGAAAGGAGCCGAAUCAGCCGUUCUGCCCUACACCACAAGCGGAGAGAUCGAUAAAACCAGAGUCCACGUGGAUGAGUUUGCUCUGAAGGGUUUGCGGACGUUGGUGGUGGCCUGCAGACACUUCAGUGCAGAUGAGUAUCAGGAAGUGGACCGGCGGCUCCAUGAAGCCAGAACGGCUCUGCAGCAGAGAGAGGAACGACUGGUCGAGGUCUUCAACUUCAUCGAGAAAGACCUGGAGCUGCUGGGAGCGACUGGGGUGGAGGACAAGCUGCAGGACAAGGUCCAGGAGACGAUUGAAUCUCUGCGACUGGCUGGGAUCAAGGUGUGGGUGUUGACCGGUGACAAGCAUGAGACGGCGGUUAGCGUGAGCCUCUCUUGUGGUCACUUCCAUCGCACCAUGAACAUCCUGGAGCUCGUGCAGCAGAAAUCAGACAGGGAGUGUGCCGAGCAGCUCCGCAGACUAGCCCGCAGGAUCAAAGAGGAUCAUGUGAUCCAGCAUGGGCUGGUCGUGGACGGGGCCAGCCUUUCCCUGGCUCUGCGGGAACAUGAGAAACUCUUCAUGGAGGUGUGUAAGAACUGCUCGGCGGUGCUCUGCUGCAGAAUGGCACCUCUCCAGAAAGCCAAGGUGGUGAGACUGUUGAAGACUUCUCCUGAGAAGCCUAUUACAUUAGCCAUCGGAGAUGGAGCCAACGACGUCAGUAUGAUCCAAGAGGCUCACGUUGGUAUUGGUAGGUGCCGAACAGGAGAAGAUGUGGCGUGCAAUUCAAAUGUACGUGGACACAUUCACAUUUUUGCUGUUGCUUACUUUUAGAAAUCAGCAGAAGUCGUGUGGAUGUUUAACAUGCUCUCUUGUGCUUUGCAGACCCUUUAUGACAGCGUGUAUCUGACGCUGUAUAAUAUCUGCUUCACCUCUCUGCCCAUACUGGUAUACAGUCUGUUUGAGCAGCUGGUGCAUCCACAUGUUCUGCAGAGCAAACCAGCACUUUACAGAGACAUCAGUAAAAACUCCCUGCUGUCCUUCAAAACCUUCUUGUACUGGACCUUCCUGGGCUUCUGCCACGCCUUCGUCUUCUUCUUCGGCUCCUACAUCCUGAUGGGAGAAGACACCACACUGAUGGGAAACGGACAGAUGUUUGGAAACUGGACGUUUGGCACUUUAGUAUUCACUGUGAUGGUUAUUACGGUCACGCUGAAGCUGGCCUUAGAGACUCAUUUCUGGACGUGGAUGAACCACUUUGUCACAUGGGGCUCCAUCGCCUUCUACUUCAUCUUCUCCUUGUUUUAUGGCGGCAUCAUCUGGCCAUUUCUUCACACACAGGACAUGUACUUCGUCUUUGUUCAGCUGCUGUCGAGCGGCUCGGCCUGGUUUGCCAUCAUCAUCAUCAUCAUCACCUGCCUGUUUCCAGAUGUCAUCAAGAAAGUCUUCUACAGGCACCUGCAGCCCACCAGCACGCAGAAAUCUCAGUUUAUUGAGGCCUACCAGGGCAUCGGAUGCGUGGACUCCAUGUGCUGUUUCUCAGAGGGGCAAAAUGCCUGCUCACGGCUGGGCCGGCUGGUGGAGCGAAUGAUGGGCCGCUGCGACCCCGCUCGGGCCACCAGAUCUUGGAGCAACUCGGACACCUUCUUCUCCAACGACCGGAGCAUCCUGACGCUCUCACCCAUGGAGGUCUCUCAUUGUUAAUGCACCAGCCCAAUAAGGAUCAGCUCGUAGAGUCCGGAGACGCCUGCCCUUUACCCCGCCCCCCUGCCCUUGUCCAGUCACCAGCCAGACUGU